AUGAAACAUCGAGUACGCGGGGUGGGGCAGGGAGUCGACUUGAUGACGAUGGCGCCCGAGCUCGGCCGAGUACCGAAUGCCGAGACGUCGACACACGGGGGGACGCGGGGGUGCGCCACUUUAUCGCGGCGAGCUGGCAACAUCGCGCGGGGUGGGAGCGCCCCGCAACGCAACCUCUCACUCACCGUCGCCGGUUUGCCAGCCAGUGUUACCUUUGACGGUCGAACGUGUGGUUGUUUAAUGACGGCGAACUCUGGUAAUACGGCAGGAUACGCGGGAACAAGCAUAAGUUACGUGGGAGCACACGCUCCCGACACUGAAAAGCAUCAUAAUUACCACGAUAACAUAGGCUACAGAGUAAACGCGCCAAGCGGCUAUGGGUGCGCCGGCGGUCCGGGCGCGAUGAGCGGCGGGGGCGAGAACGCGCAGUUCGGCGCCACCGCCGCGAUGGUCGCCGCGGCCACGACGGCCGCGAUGCAGGACUCGCAGCCCUUCUCGCAGAUGCAAAACAACAUGACUAUGGGAAAUCCUCAAUAUAGUGCGAUGAACGGCUACGGUCAGCAACGCAGCCAUAAUCCCGGGAUGACGGGAAUGGGAAUGGCUGGUAACGGGGGCAUAAAUGGUAUGACUGGCAUGAGCCAAAUGGGAAAUGCUAUGAAUGGUAUGAAUCCUAUGGCUCAAAUGGCCAACAUGGGAUUGCAUGGAAACAUGAUGUCUUCUCAAAUGGGACCAGGACAAAUGAGUGGUUCAGCUAAAAUGGGCCCAGGAUAUCAAAGGCGGCAUGCACCAUAUCCUUCAGGAACGAUGCUUAUGGGGUCAAGAAAAACACAAUAUAUGGGUGCUCAGCCAGGAUUCGGUCCAGGUCCUGCUCAAUAUCCUACGGGCUACGGUGGAAGACCGAGUUUUCAAGGCCAAUAUCCGCCACAACAGGCACUCGGCCCAAGCAGUAAUUUUGGUACUGGGAUGAGAAGUAAUAUGAGACAGUCAACGCCUCCUUAUUCAAAUCAGGGACAAUAUUUUAAUGGUGGAGUUCCGAACCAAUUUCCUCAGCAUCAAGGCGGAAAUGGGCAAUAUGGUGGGCAGUAUGGAGGACAAUUUGCGCAAGAAGUCGCGAUGCGAUCUAACAUGAGCUACCAGCACAGUCCAGUGCCUGGAAAUCCUACACCACCCCUUACGCCUGCAAGCAGUAUGCCACCAUAUAUCAGCCCAAAUGCUGAUGUAAAGCCUCACUUUAACGAGCUCAAACCACCGAUGGGCAUGCAAAACGACGAGCUCCGGUUAACAUUCCCCGUAAGAGAUGGUAUUAUAUUGCCACCUUUUAGAUUAGAACAUAAUUUAGCAGUUAGCAAUCAUGUAUUCCAAUUAAAACCUACGGUGCACUCAACUUUAAUUUGGAGAUCAGAUUUAGAGCUGCAGCUUAAGUGUUUUCACCAUGAGGAUCGUCAAAUGAAUACUAACUGGCCUGCAAGCGUGCAGGUAUCAGUUAAUGCAACACCAUUAGUCAUUGACAGAGGCGAAAACAAAACAUCACACAAACCAUUGUACCUGAAAGAAGUUUGCCAACCCGGCAGGAAUACAAUACAGAUCACUGUCUCUGCUUGUUGUUGUUCGCACCUGUUCGUUUUACAAUUAGUACAUCGGCCGAGCGUUCGGAGCGUAUUACAAGGAUUACUACGAAAGCGGUUGCUCACAGCGGACCACUGCAUUGCUAAAAUAAAAAUGAACUUCAAUCAAACUUCAUCUAACACUAACAAUAACUCCAACCCCUCAGGCGACAGAGAUAGCGUUGAACAAACAGCUCUAAAAGUGUCGCUAAAAUGUCCUAUUACAUUCAAAAAAAUAACAUUGCCUGCGCGAGGACAUGAAUGUAAACAUAUACAAUGUUUUGACUUAGAAUCAUAUUUACAACUUAAUUGUGAAAGAGGAUCGUGGCGAUGUCCAGUUUGCAAUAAACCAGCUCAGCUAGAAGGCUUAGAGGUAGAUCAAUAUAUGUGGGGCAUCCUUAAUACAUUAAACACCUCGGAUGUAGAUGAAGUAACGAUCGAUAGUGGGGCAAAUUGGAAAGCAACGAAGAUUAACGCUAAUGCUGGUAUAAAGCAAGAAGAAGAUAGUAGUGAUGGCACUGGGAAGAGAAGCAAAGCAGUAUCACCCGGAUCAAUGAAUAUGCCAACUAUGAAUAAUUGGGACAUGAACCAAGCCCUUUCCCCUUACCUACCUCCUGAUAUGAAUACAAUUGCAAGUGGCUCUAUGAUAUCAUCCUAUAAUCAAGGAGGCCAAAAUAGAAACUCUGGAUCAAGUAAUCAGAACUAUGAUUUUGGCAUGAACAAUGGGCCGGGAAGCAAUGAAUUCGCAGGCAACGGACCACUAUCACACUUGAAUGAGAGUGUUAACUCAUUGGAUCCACUGAAUGCAAUGGAAAAAAGUCUAAAUGAACAGAUGCCACACACGCCGCACACUCCUCACACGCCGGGCUCAGCCCAUACCCCGGGUGGCGGCGGCGCACACACGCCUGGCUCCAGUCACACACCGGGCCCUCCCUCUGUGGACCACCAUCCUCUCACUGACGUUGACAUUCCAGCAGAUCUAAACUUUGAUCCCGCAGCUGUAAUAGAUGGCGAGGGCACUGAUAACUUAAAUUUGCUUCCUGAGACAAGCGUCGAUCCGAUGGAACUGCUCUCGUACUUGGAUGCGCCAGCGCUAGGAGAGCUAUUGGCAACACCGCCGUCGUCAUCUUCUUCGGCAGGCUCGCACCCGCCGAGAGCACCAUCCUCUGAUGACUUGCUGGCCCUUUUUGAG